UUUGUGCAUGCUGUAGCCAUUCUGAUCAUGCUCGCUGCACUGGUAUGAAGCGUUCGUUGUAAAGCUGACAAUCAUAACUUAAAUUCAGAUUCUACUUAGUUUGCCUCUGUUGAUGGAAGACAAUCUUGAAAGAUCAUGGCAUCUGAUGGACCUUUAAAGACCCUCUUUGACAAUGCUAAGAAAAAUGAUAUCCCGGACCUCCCGUCUCCUGGCCAGCCCGGCAAGGGGUCAAAGGGUAAGAAGCGUCUUUCGGUGGAGCGGAUCUACCAGAAGAAGACCCAACUGGAGCACAUCUUACUCCGCCCUGACACCUAUAUCGGAUCCACUGAGCCGCUGACACAGGCCAUGUGGGUGAUAGAUGGAGAAACUCUUGUGAAUAGAGAAAUCACAUUUGUGCCUGGUCUUUACAAGAUCUUUGAUGAAAUCCUUGUGAAUGCUGCUGAUAAUAAGCAGAGAGAUCCUAACAUGAACUGCAUCAAGAUUACCAUUGACCCUGAGAACAACACAAUCAGUGUGUGGAACAACGGGAAGGGUAUUCCCGUAGUGGAGCACAAGGGAGAGAAGAUGUACGUACCAGAGAUGAUUUUCGGCCAUCUGUUGACAUCCAGUAACUAUGACGACACGCAAAAGAAAGUCACAGGUGGUCGUAAUGGCUAUGGUGCCAAACUCUGUAACAUCUUCAGCAAGAAGUUCUCCGUUUCUACUGCCAGCAAGGAUUAUGGAAAGAAAUUCAAGCAGAGUUGGUCAAACAACAUGAACAAGAAGGGCGCAAACCAUCUAUCUCCGUUUGACGGCAACGACUACACGGAGAUCAGCUUCAGCCCUGACCUCGAGAAAUUCAAGAUGACCUGUCUGGACCGUGACACCAUCGCCCUCCUGACGCGCCGCGCCUACGACAUCGCAGGCUGUCUCAAAGGUGUCAAGGUGUUCCUCAACGGCAAGAAAUUGCCUGUGACUGGCUUCAAGUCGUACGUUGAUAUGUUUGUGAAGUGCUUCCAGCCGGAGGACAGGGAACCCCUGAAGGUGCUCCACGAGCAGGUCAACCCUCGCUGGGAGGUCUGUCUGUGUAUGAGUGAAAAAGGUUUCCAGCAAGUUAGCUUUUGCAACAGCAUUGCUACCACCAAGGGUGGUCGUCACGUGGACUUUGUCGCUGAUCAGGUGAUUACCAAGCUGAUUGAGACGGUCAAGAAGAAGAACAAGGGAGGGGUCAACAUCAAACCAUUCCAGAUCAAGAAUCAUGUCAUGGUGUUUGUGAACUGCCUGAUUGAGAACCCGACCUUUGACUCGCAGACCAAGGAGAACAUGACCCUGCAGGCCAAGAAGUUUGGCUCUGAAUGCAAGCUGAGCGACAAGUUCAUCAAAGGGGCACUUACCUGUGGUAUCGUAGAGAGCAUCAUGUCGUGGAUGAAAUUCAAGGCUCAGAGCCAACUGGACAAGAAGUGCCACUCCUCCAAGCACUCCAAGCUGAAGGGCAUCCCCAAGCUGGACGAUGCAAACGAUGCAGGAGGAAAGAACUCUAUCAAGUGCACGCUCAUCCUGACCGAGGGAGACUCGGCCAAGACCCUGGCCGUCAGCGGACUGGGUGUGGUCGGUAGAGACCACUAUGGGGUGUUCCCCCUCAGGGGUAAGCUGCUCAAUGUGAGGGAGGCUUCUCACAAGCAGAUCAUGGAGAAUGUAGAGAUCAACAACGUCAUCAAGAUCUUGGGUCUCCAGUACAAGAACAAGUACGAGACUCCCGACUCCCUGAAGACCCUGCGCUACGGCAAACUGAUGAUCAUGACAGAUCAGGAUCAGGACGGCUCCCACAUCAAGGGACUUCUCAUCAACUUCAUCCAGCACAACUGGCCCAAUCUCCUCCAUCACAACUUCCUGGAGGAGUUCAUCACCCCCAUCGUCAAGGUUACCAAGGGCAAGGAAACCCACCCAUUCUACUCUCUACCUGAGUUUGAAGAGUGGAAAGACGAGACGGAAGGGUCUAAAGCAUGGAAGGUCAAGUACUACAAAGGUUUGGGUACCAGCACCAUGAAGGAAGCCAAGGAGUACUUCACCGACAUGGCUCGUCACAGGAUCCCGUUCAAGUACGGGGGCCCUGAGGAUGAUGACGCCAUCGUCUUGGCUUUUAGCAAGAAGAAGGUUGAGGAUCGUAAGACGUGGCUGACUGAAUUCUUGAAGGAGAGGAAUGCAAGAAAGGAUGCUGGUCUUGGAGAGAUGUAUCUGUAUAACAAGGAUACCAAGGUCAUCACAUACACUGACUUCAUUAAUAAAGAACUCGUUCUCUUCUCAAACGCUGACAACGAGAGAUCUAUCCCAUCCAUGGCCGACGGUUUGAAGCCUGGUCAGCGUAAGGUGCUGUACACAUGCUUCAAGAAGUACGAGAAGAAAGAGAUCAAGGUGGCUCAGAUGGCUGGUGCUGUGGCUGAGCUCUCGGCCUACCACCACGGUGAAACAUCCUUGAUGAGCACCAUCGUCAAUUUGGCGCAGAACUUUGUUGGAAGCAACAACGUGAAUCUCCUGCAGCCCAUCGGUCAGUUCGGUACCCGUCUUCACGGAGGCAAGGACGCUGCCAGUGCUCGUUAUAUCUUCACUCAGCUCAGCACCCUGUCUCGUCUCCUCUUCCCCGCCCAUGACGACAACCUCCUUGCCUACCAGUACGACGACAACCAGCGCAUCGAGCCCGAGACCUACAUACCCAUCAUUCCCAUGGUGCUGGUCAAUGGCAGCGAGGGUAUCGGUACCGGCUGGAGCACCAAGAUCAGUAACUAUGACGUCCGGGAGGUGACGGCCAACAUCCGCAGGCUGGUAGCAGGAGAGGAACCUGUUCCAAUGAUUCCAUCGUACAAGGGCUUCAAAGGAACUAUCGAGGAGCUGGAGCCAAACCGCUUCGUGGUCAGCGGCGAGAUCUCCAUCAUCGACAACGACACCAUCGAGAUCACCGAGCUACCCGUCAGGACCUGGACCCAGGUCUACAAGGAGCAGGUCCUGGAACCCAUGCUGCACGGGUCUGAGAAAGUUCAACCCAUGAUCACGGACUACAAGGAGUACCACACAGAUACGACUGUGAAGUUUGUGAUCAAGAUGAGUGAGGAUAAGCUUCUGAAGGCAGAGGAGCAAGGUCUUCACAAGACCUUCAAACUCCAGUCCACCAUCAGUCAGGCAAACGUCAUGGUUCUGUAUGACAGCAAUGGGGUGAUCCGUCGAUAUGACAACGUGGAGGAGAUCUUGAGAGAGUUCUUUGCCUUGCGCGUGGAGCUCUAUCACUCACGCAAGGCAUACCUCGAGGGGAUCCUAGAGGCAGAGUCCUCAAGACUAAACAACCAGGCAAGAUUCAUCAUGGAGAAGAUCGAAGGAAAGAUCAAGAUCGAGAAUAUGCCUAAGAAGGAGAUGAUCCAGAUCCUUGUGAAGCGUGGCUUUGACUCUGACCCUGUCAAGGCCUGGAAGGAGAGCCAGGUGAAGGCUGGGGAGCAGCCGGCGGGCGGGGAGGACACCGAGGACGAGGAAGCAGCGGAGGCCACGCCUGAUUCAGGACCGGACUACAACUACCUCCUGGGUAUGGCCCUCUGGAGUCUGACCAAGGAGAAGAAGGAUGCCCUCCUCAAGAACAGGGAUGAUAAGGCCCGUGAGCUCGAGAUCUUGAAGGGCAAGACUGCCACCAUGCUGUGGGUCGAGGAUCUAGAUAUGUUCUCAGCUGAGCUGGAUCGCGUUGAGGCCCAGGAGAAAGAGGAUGCAUCGUCGGGCGUCGUCAUGGCAGCGGCCAAGGGAGCCAAGGGCAAGGCAAAACCCCGUAAACAGAAGCUACUCACCAAGGAAGAGACCAGACCCUCCCCCAUGGGACGCCGUGUUGUCCCUCGCAUCGAUCCAGCAAUGAGGAAGGCUGCUGAGGUGGAGAGGAAGAGAGUAAAGAAGGUGAAGACCGAGUCUGGAGAAGAGAAAGUCAAAGAAAUCAAGAAAGAAAUCAAAACCGAACCAGAGAUACCCGAAGAGGAGAGAGAACCACUCUCAUUGGCUGAGAGACUGGCUAAAGCUAAGUCAGGUGAUGAUGGGGUCACCAAGGUCAAGAAGCAAUCAACGUUGACCCUCAAGCCGGUCAAGAAGGUCGCCAAGAAGGUCGCCAAGAAAUCUUCCAACCCUUGGUCAGGCUCUGAAUCAGAUGACGACGACUCGCCCAUCAUCCAGAAAACAAAGGUUCCAAGGAAAUUGGCAUCUGCCAAAAUAACAUAUGCCUUCAGCGACGAUGAUGAGGAGGAUGACAUCGAGAUGUCGAUGCCACGUGAGAUGUCGGACGAGUCUAUCAAGAUGGAAGACCUUGCCGACGAGGACGACGGCGACGACGAUGUCGACGGGUCUUUCAUCGCUCCUCCAGCCAGGAAGAAGGCCAAGAAGGCAGUCAUUGCUUCUGAUAAUGAUGAUGAGGAUGAUGAUGCCAUGGAUACACAGAGCACAUCUAGCUCCAAGAAAGUUUCCGAUGAGGAUAUGGUGCCCAAGCCUGCUGCAAAACCUAAGGCAAAGGCUACAAAGGCCAAGGCCAAGAAGGAUGAGAAGCAGCCAUCCAUCACAGACCUGUUCGGUAAGAAGGUAGCCCCUAAGAGGAAGAAGAUGGCGUUAUCAUCGGAUGAUGAAAGUGAUGAAGUCCCUGCGAAGAAGCCAGCAGCAUCCAAGACGGCAAAGAAAGCUGUGAAAUCUUCAACUACUACCUCAGACUCAGAUGAUGCUUUCAAACCCAAAAAAAAGACUGCUGCAAAGAAACCAGCAAAGCCAAAAGCAAAGCCCAAGAAGAAGGCUCUUGAUUGGUCAGAUGACGACGAUGAUGCAUCAUUCCGUAUCCAUGACGACAGUAGCGAUGACGUAGUUCCUCCUCCCAAGAGAGAAAGGGCCGGUCGUGCCAAAGCUACUGUAAAAUACAACUUCUCGGAUGAAGAUAGCGACUAUUAAUCAUCAUUAGCGUUGCCAUUUUACCUGAACUUUUGAGAAAAAUCAAUGCUCAUCUUACUCCUUCUGUGACAUCAAGUCGUUACAAAGUUGCCAUAAAUAAUCACGAUCGCAAGACUUUGGAAAAAAUAACUCCAGAAUAAUUUCAAUACCUUAUUGUAUAUAUCCCAUGGAAAUCAAGUUCAUAUCGAGUCAAUAAGUCAUUGCAUUGCCCACACACAAUGAAGGUACCUGUGUCUGUUUCAAGAAAAUAAACUUGGCUCUUUCAAGUCCAAACAUAUCACUUGACUUGACACUUUCAGGCGCCACGUGCCACUCUGACUCAGGCACAGAAGGAAUUUAGGUUCACCUUUUGCACAUCUUGAGCUUAAUAUUUUGUCUUCCCAUUGUACAUUUAUGUAUAUUGUAUAGUAUAGAAUGUAGUCUUAUGUCUGACAUGGUUUGUCAAUGUAAAUAUUGUACAGCGAGAUUGUGAUAUAAAGCAACUAGCGCUAAUGUUCUUUGUAAAUAUGGACCCUUGUAGCUUUGGGCCGGAUCUGAGUCAAACUUGAAAUGUAAAAGGAAGGAGCGUCUCUGUGUGGCUAUUGGUAUUUUUGUCCAAACCAGAGUGAAAUAAGUAUUUAGAAAGGCACGGUCCAACAUGUAACUUUUGCAUGACUUUCAGGGGAAAAAGUUGUGAUUGUAGAAGUAUAUGAAGACUCGAAAGUAUGAAAGUGGUGUCUGUGAAGAAAAUUUGAUCAAAUGAUGUGCUUAGACGUGUCAAAAAUCUGAAUUGAAAUUUAAUUUCAUGAUUUAUACAUCCUGAUCGAUGUAUUGUAUGGUGACACAAUCAGGGAAAAAAUGAAUAUCUAUUUUUGGGGGCUACUUUUCAACCUUGUCUGCAUGAAAAUAACAUUCUAAAAUUUGUUUUGCAUUGAACUCUAAGCAAAUUUAAGGGGACUAUUUCGCCCUGAUCCCCCGUGUAAUUUUUUUACUGGACACAAUAUAAUGCUUUUAUUUAGUAGCCUUUGUUUAGGCACAUGUAUGCCAAUAUAUGCAUUUUUUAUUUACUUCGCAUAUUAUGCUAAAGAAGUUGACUUUUGUAAUCAUCCUGUGAACAUUCUAAUGAUGCUUGUUAUUCACAUUAUCCAGCAAAAGUGUAAUGAAUUGUGUGUCCUUCUGUUGAGCAAUCUAUCAAUAUUGCUUCCCUUUACCCAGGUCUAGAAAUGGGUACCUACUAUCCAGUCAGAUGUGAACAUUAUCAUGGCGUGAGUCGGUGAGCAUGUGCAUGGCUCUAUAUACUGACUAACUGGAAUACUCCCCUUCUAAUGACUCUCUAAAGCACUAUUUUCAGUAGAUGUUGAAAUAUGAAGGCGCUGUAUGAAUUUGAAAAUGCUUGUUUUUGUAUCGUUGCUCAGCCUCAUCACAGGUAAAUCAUGAAGAUUUAUCUAGACUUGUCCUAUAAAUACAUGUCUAAUUGAUGUACAUUAUGUGUCGUUGUUGGUACAAUGAUUGUACUGUGUUCUGUUUUAUUGUUUGAUGUCAACAUGAGUUUGAUGUCUUCCAUGUCAAUAAAACAGACAAACUGAA